GGGCGGAGGAAGGAGCGAGGGGCGGAUUCUGCGGCCGUGGGAGGCGGUGGUGGUGGCUGCGGCGGCGGCGGCGGCGGCGGCGGCGGCGGGGAGCGGACCGCUCGGAGCUGGACCGAGGAGGAGGAGGAAGAGGGCGGUGCUGUGUCCCCGCAGGAGUCGGAGAGGAUGGCGGGGGCCGGCGGCCAGCACCACCCUUCGGGCGCCGCGGGAGCAGCGGCCGCCGCGGCCGGCGCUGCGGUAGCCCCCGCCACUGCCUCGGCCGGGCCCGGAGAGGAUUCGUCCGACAGCGAAGCGGAGCAAGAGGGACCCCAGAAACUGAUCCGCAAAGUGUCCACUUCGGGGCAGAUCCGGACCAAGACCAGUAUUAAAGAGGGACAGCUGUUGAAGCAAACCAGCUCUUUCCAAAGAUGGAAAAAGCGAUAUUUCAAACUUCGAGGUCGUACACUUUAUUAUGCAAAGGACUCAAAGUCUCUGAUAUUUGAUGAAGUUGACCUCUCAGAUGCCAGUGUAGCUGAAGCAAGCACAAAAAAUGCUAACAACAGCUUCACGAUAAUCACUCCAUUCAGAAGACUAAUGCUUUGCGCUGAGAAUAGGAAAGAGAUGGAGGAUUGGAUCAGCUCGCUGAAGUCUGUACAGACCAGAGAAACUUACGAGGUGGCCCAGUUUAAUGUGGAACAUUUCUCAGGGAUGCAUAACUGGUACGCCUGCUCCCAUGCCCGACCCACUUUCUGUAACGUCUGCCGAGAGAGUCUUUCUGGGGUCACCUCCCAUGGCCUGUCCUGCGAAGUGUGUAAGUUCAAGGCUCAUAAAAGGUGUGCAGUGAGAGCAACAAAUAACUGCAAGUGGACGACCCUGGCCUCCAUCGGGAAGGACAUCAUAGAGAACGAGGAUGGGCUGGCUAUGCCCCACCAGUGGCUCGAGGGUAACUUGCCCGUGAGUGCCAAGUGUGCUGUCUGUGAAAAAACGUGUGGCAGCGUUCUCCGUCUUCAAGACUGGAGAUGCCUUUGGUGUAAAACGAUGGUACACACUGCCUGCAAAGAUUUAUAUCAUCCUAUAUGUCCACUUGGCCAAUGUAGAGUAUCUGUCAUACCUCCAAUUGCACUGAACAGCACCGAUUCUGAUGGAAUUUAUACUCCUAUAAAUUCAUUCACUUUUUCUGGAAUUUUACAACUUAAUUGUUUCUGUAGAGCAACAUUUUCAUUCUGUGUUAGUCCUCUAUUGGUUUUUGUCAAUUCUAAGAGUGGAGAUAAUCAGGGAGUAAAGUUUCUUCGCCGAUUUAAACAGUUACUAAAUCCAGCUCAGGUGUUUGAUUUGAUGAAUGGCGGUCCUCAUUUAGGUUUAAGAUUAUUCCAGAAGUUUGACAAUUUCCGGAUUCUUGUUUGUGGAGGAGAUGGAAGUGUAGGUUGGGUUUUGUCAGAAAUUGAUAAGCUCAACUUGAAUAAACAGUGUCAGCUGGGAGUACUGCCUCUGGGUACAGGAAAUGACCUUGCCCGGGUUCUUGGCUGGGGAGGCUCAUACGAUGACGACACCCAACUUCCUCAGAUACUUGAGAAGCUGGAACGAGCCAGCACCAAAAUGUUGGACAGGUGGAGUAUAAUGACCUAUGAACUCAAAUUGCCAGCAAAGGCUUCUCUACUUCCAGAACCUCCAGAAGCAUCUGAAGAAUUUUAUAUGACAAUUUAUGAAGACUCAGUUGCAGCUCAUCUUACAAAAAUCCUCAAUUCUGAUGAACAUGCAGUGGUCAUAUCGUCUGCCAAGGUACUUUGUGAAACUGUAAAGGACUUCGUUGCCAAAGUAGAGAAGGCGCAUGAAAAAACGUUGGAAAGAGCUGUUGCAGCCGAUGCCAUGGCCAAUAAAUGUUCAGUUCUAAAUGAGAAGCUUGAACAACUGCUCCAGGCUUUGCACACAGAUUCCCAGGCUAGUCCAGUUCUCCCGGGCAUCAGCCCUCUCAUUGUAGAAGAAGAUCCUGUGGAAUCGUCCAGCGAAGAAUCCUUGUGUGAAAGCAAGGAACAACUCUUGGAUGACACUACAAAACCUUCCUCCCAGAAAACUGUCAAACCGAGGGAAAUAAUGCUGCGGGCAAACAGUUUAAAGAAAGCAGUGAGGCAAGUCAUUGAAGAGGCCGGAAAAGUGAUGGAUGACCAGACAGUUCACUCCUCUGAACCAGUUAAUCAAUCAUUUGAUUAUGAUAGCACAGAAACAGAUGAGUCUAAAGAUGAAUCAAAAGAAGAUGAUGCAAAAGCGUCAUUAACUGUUAAAACUGCACCUCGGUCUCCAGAUGGCCGGGCAAGUCGUUCCCAAACUGACUCUGGCUCUGGUCCUGCUGUGGCAGCCAGUAAAGAAAACCUCCCAGUGCUCAAUACCAGAAUAAUCUGCCCAGGUUUAAGAGCAGGACUAGCUGCCUCAAUUGCUGGGAGUUCUAUUAUUAACAAAAUGUUACUAGCAAAUAUUGAUCCUUUCGGUGCAACGCCAUUUAUCGACCCAGAUCCAGAUUCAGUAGAUGGAUAUUCUGAAAAAUGUGUCAUGAACAAUUACUUUGGGAUUGGAUUAGAUGCAAAAAUUUCAUUAGAAUUUAAUAAUAAGAGAGAGGAGCACCCUGAAAAAUGCAGGAGCCGAACUAAAAACUUGAUGUGGUAUGGAGUCCUCGGAACCCGGGAGUUACUACAGAGAUCGUACAAGAAUUUGGAACAGAGAGUUCAACUUGAGUGUGAUGGGCAGUAUAUUCCUCUCCCCAGUCUGCAAGGGAUAGCAGUGUUGAACAUUCCCAGCUACGCCGGAGGCACUAACUUUUGGGGCGGAACUAAAGAAGAUGAUAUAUUUGCUGCACCAUCAUUUGAUGACAAGAUCCUGGAAGUCGUUGCAAUAUUUGAUAGCGUGCAAAUGGCAGUUUCAAGGGUCAUUAAACUGCAGCACCAUCGAAUAGCCCAGUGCCGUACAGUAAAAAUCACUAUAUUUGGCGAUGAGGGAGUCCCAGUGCAGGUGGAUGGCGAAGCAUGGGUUCAGCCUCCAGGGAUUAUCAAAAUUGUGCACAAAAACAGAGCUCAGAUGCUCACAAGGGACAGGGCCUUUGAAAGCACUCUGAAAUCUUGGGAAGAUAAGCAGAAAUGUGAUUCUGGUAAACCAGUUCUUCGAACGCAUUUGUACAUCCAGCAUGCAGUUGACCUGGCGACAGAAGAGGUGUCUCAGAUGCAGCUGUGCUCACAGGCUGCAGAGGAACUCAUCACCAGGAUUUGUGAUGCAGCCACCAUCCACUGUCUUUUGGAGCAAGAGCUGGCGCACGCAGUGAACGCAUGCUCCCACGCACUGAACAAAGCCAACCCACGCUUCCCAGAGAGUCUUACGAGAGACACUGCCACUGAAAUAGCCAUCAAUGUGAAGGCCCUGUAUAAUGAAACAGAGUCUUUACUAGUUGGCAGGGUUCCUUUGCAGUUGGAAUCUCCACAUGAAGAGCGGGUAUCCAAUGCCUUGCAUUCCGUGGAGGUGGAGCUACAGAAAUUAACAGAGAUCCCUUGGCUUUAUUAUAUCUUACACCCAAAUGAGGAUGAGGAGCCUCCCAUGGAUUGCACCAAGAGAAACAGCAGAAGCACAGUAUUUCGUAUUGUGCCCAAAUUCAAAAAGGAAAAGGUUCAGAAGCAGAAGACAAGUUCACAGGCUGUUCAGAAAUGGGGCACAGAGGAAGUUGCUGCUUGGCUGGAUCUGCUCAAUUUGGGAGAGUACAAAGAAAUCUUCAUCCGUCAUGACAUCAGAGGGGCUGAACUCUUGCAUCUGGAAAGGCGAGAUCUUAAGGACCUGGGGAUACCGAAAGUGGGUCAUAUGAAGCGAAUUCUCCAGGGAAUUAAAGAGCUUGGAAGGAGCACACCCCCAGUCUGAGGUGUAAUCAUAUUGGUGCUGUUCCUUGGAAGGAAAGUAAUUGCUACUUAAUACAAAGUCCUUGGGAGCCAUUGGCUCUUCUUGUAGUUUUCUGCCUAGAUAAAUAAGCACCACUGAGGCACCUCUACGGCUUGAUAUGGGUGAAAAGUUUGAUUUGAGGUAUUAGAAAAUAUUUUGUGCCACAAAAAUACAUUCCACAAAGCCAUUUUCUUAUUGUGCAAACCUGACACAUUCAAAUUUGCUCAUAUUAGUAAAAAGGUGGGAGGAAUCUGAGACAAUUGCAUUGUCCAAAAGGUGGAAUUGCACAAUGUUUACUUUCCUUUAACCUGGUCAGAUGGAAUGUUCUUACCAUGCAAACACAUAACAAUAUGUAGCUGAAAUUUCUUGGGUUUCAUUAUUGGAGGCAUUGGCUUCUUACUUAAAAUCACUGGCUAGAAGACUAAGAUGUAAAUUAAGUGGUGUUUUGAAUUGGUAUCACCUCAGAUUCCUAGCUCUCAGUGGUCAAAGAAUAUGGUUAAAACCCCUCAAAUACUAUGAAUGAAUGCAAAUCUUAAUGCACGAUGUUCCUGCCUGAAUUGUCUUUCUGUUUCUUGCAUGUCACAUUUAAUAUGUAACACUUAGCUUUAAUGUCAGUUUUAAUGGAAUUUAAUUUAUUACUACCUAAGUACCUUUUGGUUGGCUAAAGGCACUUUUCUGUUCUUUGAUGUGGAAUUUUGCAUAAAUAUUCUAUAUCUAAGAAUUUGUGAACAUGUGUCUGUGCCCUAAUCAACAAAUGAUAUAUAUCUUAUGCAAGCCAAUUUUAUACCAACCUAUCAUAAACAGUAGGUGUGCACAUUAAGAAAAUUCUCUGGAUAUUUUCAUAAAAUUAUAUGUUCUGUUGCCUAACAAAACUUAUUAUAGCUCUCCGUACCAAAAGUCCCACAUUCUGUUUUAAAUUUUUCAUUUCAAUUAAAUAAUUAUUUAAUACUCUGUUUGCAUGUAUAAUAUAGCAGACUGUUGACAUCCAGGAAUUUCCCCAACGUCUCAACUGGGAUUGGUAUACUGAUUGGUCACCCAGACUCGUCCACUGGCUAAAGGGACUCCUGACACAAACUUCCCAACAAAAGAGAUUUAAAUUUUUUCUUAAGGGCUUUCCAUUAUUUAUUAUUAUCUCACUUAAUUCUUAUAUCCUAUCAGGUAGAUAUUAUUUUCCUUUUUGUAAACCACUAUACUUCAGUCUAGCGCAUGAGGAGUCAACAUUACAAUGAUCAAAAUCUUUGAAAGCCAAAGGCAUACAUAUCAAAAAGUCACAAAAAUGUCCUUAAAUAAAUUUUCUUUAGACAUUAUAUACCAAAAAAUUAAUUCUAAUGUUUAAAAAUCUUCUAUAUAAGAGAAGUAAACAGGGUACUACUGACCCAGUGGUUAACAAUUUUCAUAAAGUAGCCUUCUAGGUAGGUGCUCAAAAGAUAUACAUAUAUACACGUAUACAUUUAUAUGUACAUUCACACUUGUGUACAUGUAAUCGAAACUAUACUCUCAUUGAUAUUUUCUAGACAUUUAUUUUCCAGAUGCUUAAAGAGAAAUAUAGAUGGGAAAACAUUUAAAAUGAGCUAUUGUCUGACAUAUAAUUUAAUUAUAUCAAAAGGGUUUAAAUAUUUGAUGCUUAUCCUUAUUUAUAACUUGAGUAUUUACUAGUAAAAAUCACAAAAUUUGGGCAUCUGAAAAAUAAAUGAAACUUGAUAGGUUCCUGACCAAGUGUGUCUGACUAUAUAUUUUACCUAAGUUGUGAAUAAAUGGAAAUUUUCCAAAGCGAAUUGUAUCAGGUAGCUUAAAAGAGCAAAGAGCUACUCAGUUAAUUUUAAUGUUAUCCACACUUAUGAAAUCAAAGGUCUUCCUUUCCAGUCCCUUUUAGAGUCCCUCACCCUGCAAAGUGUCCUGCUCUUUCAAGCACUUCCCUGUGUUCUCAGAACUCUCUGCUGAGAUUGCGGAUCCCUGUCCACAAAAAAAAAAAAAAAAAGAAAAAGGAAAGGUGGAGGCAAGGAGGCAAGAAAUCCUAGAAAAGAAUGAAUUAAUGCAAACAUCGUUACCGAUUUUCACUCUCCCCAAAUUCUCCUUUGCCAAUAGGAAAGAUUAUCUAGUUAUCACAUGUUCAGAAUUUAAGAGGAAGAUGUAAAUGAUUAGAUUUUGUAUUUGAUGUUGCUUUUUCACUCUUGAGUAACAUCCAUUAUAUAUGUUGAACCUCAGUUAACAGAAGCCUUAGCUAGAAUUUUCCAGCAAAUGGGUUUUGAAUAGGAGCAUUUUUCACUGUAUGCAUUGUCUGUGCGUAGCUAUGUAGGACCCAAAGGACAUCACUCACGCCUGUUUGCCAGGAUGGUGCCCUCAGAGCCUCUAGAGGCCAGUGUCAGCCUCGCAGAGGAAUCAGCUUCUCAUGGUAGAUGGGGUUACAACAAAGAUAGGAAGAGCUUCUCCACAUGGCCUGAUCCCAGCUCUGGGGAGUGCAGGUGGGGCCUCUGCACCUUGGUCCAUGCAUAAGCUGAGGUGAGAAGCUCAAGCCUGGGCCUGAUUGCCAGCUGUAAUUGCCGUCUUUCCUCCCCACCAGACUCUCCUGCAUGUAGAUAAUUUGGGAGGGCUGGAGGGGAAUCACAGCUCACAUCCACUUCCUUUCAUUUUCCUUCACUGCUCGUUUUCCUGAAGAACAACUUACUUGUCAAGAAAGGGACAGGGUCAGGCCUAAAUAAAAUUUCAGAGUACUCAAUUUUUCUCUUCCAUCUGUCCCUCCACCUCACUUUCUGAGUUUCUUGCUUACUUCCUGGCUUCCCAUUUUUCCACGUGCCCAAUAGAGAUGGUUGCUCAAAUUCUCACUGCCACAUACUGCCCUUUCCUCAUCAACUGUCCCACUACAAACGGACUCCUUUUAUCUUGCCCCACCUUAGCACCCACUGUGGGUCAUCUAGCCAAGUGUUAGGAAGAAAACAAUGUAAAGAAACUGAUUUUACAGUUUGCAUUUUAUAAAAGGAAAGUUACUAAUCUAAAUGAAUUGAUGGAUUAGAUCAUUUGAGGACCAUCACAUAUAUUGCUGUGGCUGAGAAGAGGUGAUCCCUGAAUGUGUAAGAUCUGUGCUGUCCUACAUGGUGGCCACUAGCUCCAUGUGGCUGUUUAAAGUUAAUUUAAUUAGAAAUUUAGUUUCUCAGUUGCACUAGCAACAUUUCAAUCACUCAAUAGCCAUAGUAGACAAUACAGAUGUUGAAUAGUUCCAUCACUGCAAAAAUUCUACUGGAUAGCACUGCUCUGCAUCAUUGCUACUCAAAAUGUGGUCCAUGCACCAGCAGCAUCCGUAUCACCUGGGAGCUUAUAGAAAUGCAGAAUCUCAGUCCAUUCCAGCCCUGUUGAGUCAAGAUCUUCCUUUUAAUAAGAUUUGUUGGGUGAUUAGCACUGGCCUAGAUGCGUUUUUCUCUCUCCUAGCUAGGAGGGAUCUGAGGUCUUUGAAGUUUCUCAGAAUAGCUUGCUAUCCAACCCACUGUUUCCUAUCCCUUCUCCAACUAGUCCCAGAAAUGAGCUGAAACUCAUGCAUCACCCAGCUGAGUUUUCUUCUCAAUCCUUAUUCCUGAUCCAGGUUCUAGAUGAGCCCUACCUACCCAGUAUAUAUUUUGGUUAUAUUUUGGUAGAUAAGGUGGCACACAGGAGAUUGGCCAACACAACUGGCCUCUCUCCAGCCCCUCACCCCACGUCUAAGUCACUAACAAUCUGCAUUUGCUCAUGUGACAUUCUCAUUUGUUCACAACUUAAGUCACAGGGAACAUUUCAGAAGAAUAUGUACUGAGAUAAGUAAAGACCGGGUUGAUCUCCAACAACUUGUACUUCUCACUUUCGUUUAUCAGUAGAUUAUCCUAUUGACAUAGUUCAUGCUUGAGGACACAUGCACACAUUAAAUGAAUCAUUAGGCAUGCAAAAAAAAAAAAAAAAAAGAGAGACCCAAAAUGAUUACAGGUAAAGUGAAUGCAUCAUUAAGACCCUAAAAGAAGGCAUGUUUUGCUAGACUAAAGUCUGGCUUUCUUAUUAUGCUAACUUAUCCUGAUUUUCAGAUAGUUAAUAAUUCCUUAAAAUAGUGCCUGAAAAAUAAUAUAUUCUUGACCCUCAAAAUACAAAUUAUUUAAUUCUAUAAUAAGAUCUGUCCGAGUGUGACAUAUGGUCAGUAAGCCUUUACUUAAUUUUUACAUAGUUAUAUAAUGACCAAAACAUUAUUGCCUAGAGAUUCUUUAGCUAAUUUUAAUGAAUAAAGAGACCACUACUUUAAUCUCCAUAGAAGUUGUUUGUAACAGGAAUUGAGGAAGGAAAUACCCAUGCAAAACUAUGACUUAGAAAAUUAGAGUGGAAACGUCUCUACAUCAUUUCUAAAGUAAAUGACCUAUUAUCUCCCACUGGGUUGACAACAGAGUGGGCUUUUCUGUUGUAUAGAUGUGAAUUCCUUAAAGAUACCGCUUUUCAUUAAGCUGUAGAAACAUUACAUCUUUCAACCUUGACAUCUAGGAUCUCUCCUGCUCGCUCCUUCCAAAAUGAACUUAUCUUGCAUUUUUCAAAUGCAGGUUGGAUGAAACAAUGGGUUUAGAGAUUGAUGAUAUUCGUGGCAGUUCUUUAAAUCAGCUGAAAAGAGUAAGAAGUGAAGAUUCCUCAAUAUUAUUGGUCAAUGGAAUAGCUUCCCAAGUGGUUUCCAGAGCUUGGCUGCCAUGCCUCUGCCCUCACUGCCCCACGCCAAGUGCCAUGGGGCCUGGGGCUUGUUUCUCUCUGCUAUGGCAUCUCCCCAGUGACUCUUGUAUAGCAAUCUCUGUGUCAGUUGGGGAAUAUGUUGCCCUUGCAAUAGAAUGCCUUUUAAAGAAACAAGCAAAACUUUAAAGAGGCAAUGAUUAUUGAUUUUUCUAAUACACAAAGCAUUCAUUUUUAUUGUUAUUAUUGUUUCCUCUUUAUUUCCUCCAAGUUUUGUUGAGAGACAUCUCCUUUAGAAUAAAAAACUGUAAAGGUUUAUCGUGACAGAGAACGGAGAGAUAAAAAGACAGCUGGACUGUACCUAUUUGUAUACUUCUUUCUGUUAUUUUCAGGAAAAGAAGUUUAACAGAGUAACUGAGGCUGCCUUAAACUCAGUAACGAUGUUUAAGAAAAACCCCAUAUUACUAAUAUAGAUGAACAGGUUAAUUCCCUUUAUGUAAUUAAGAUUCUAUUUACAUAUAUUUAUAUCCUCUCCCUCUUAAUUUUGUAUGCACUUCCAAGUUUUAGUUGGAAAAAUAGAAACCAAGCCACUACUUAAACGUUAUAAAAACUCCACAUAAAAUAUUUCAUUUUAGCUACAAGUUAUUCAUUGUAUAGGAAUUUAUGAAUAGUCUGGAUAUUUCAUAGAACUGCAUUUCAAGAGCAAGUUAAUCAAACCUAAAGGAACAUAGGGUUACUUUCUCAAUGGAUUAACAUAAGUUUCAUACUCAGUUGAUAAUGCCACUGAAGUAGGAUAAUGCAGUUAGAUAUUCAAGCUAAAAAGGAAAACAAAUAUAUUUUGUUGUCCUUACUGUUUGCACUAUUGUUUGCCACUGCUUAGCCAUAUCUGUUUCUAUAUUCUAAGUAUUAAGCUGAUAUGUAGCUAAAGAUUUCUUACAGUUCUGGUAACUGGUAACUAGUGCUGUGAAAGGUUUUGGCGUUGUAACAUUCCCAGUUUUGUGAGUUAUAUAUUGUAUAUUGAAGAUGACUAAUAAAUUGGAGUAAUAUAUUUAUCUAGAGCUGGGAAAAUAUAAUUAUUUUCAAAUCUUCAAGUAAGUUGUAUCGAAUUUUUUCUUCCUCUUAAGUGAAAUGAAAGUCUCAGUUUUACAUUAAAAUGUCUAUUUAUACAACAGGUUUCUCCUUUUACUGGUUUUAUUAAUUUUCAUAUUAAAAUUUUUCUUAUCUUUUUAUACCAAAAAACUGGUCACGCUGGUGAUUCAAACUGCCAAGAUGUAUUUUAGUUUGUAGGACUUCUGGCAGACAAAGUAUUUAAUAACAAACCAGCUUUGUAUAUUUUGUGGCUUUGGGGGCAAGUAUUUUACCUUUUGAAACUCUAUGCGAGGCAGUGCUGAUAUCAGCGAAGUCAGUAAUAGACAGUAUUACUCAUAAUCAUCAGUAGAAGGUUUUUACAAGUUGUAUAAAUCAGUGCAUUUAUUUAUUAUGUCGUGAAAUGUAAUCUUUAUACAAAAUGCUUAUUCUAGAUCUUUUCUUUGUUACUGCUGUUGCUUAGAGUGUAACAGCUCUGUUAAUGAUUUACUUACGUACUUGAAGUACUCAUUUCUGUCAAACAGAUGCCCAGUUUUUUUCCGUGUAAAAAUCUGAUUCUUUACCAUCAUAGAUAACUGAAAAGUAAUAGGGAGUUUGUUAAAAAAAAUUUCAUGUUUAAAAUAAAUAUGGAAAAAGGCAUAAAGCCAAAAAUGAAAUCACCAAUAUUAAGUAUUACUGUAACCAAGGGAUUCAUCAUGCUAUAUUUUGCCAAUAUAUAUUUUAUCUUCAAGUCAGGACUGCUUUUCUGUAGUAAAUUUUCAAUUUUUGUUGUAAAAGAGAUCUCAGUUGAUUAUACUGCCAAUAUGACAUUUGAAUGAACAUUAAAAAUCUGGAACCCUCCAAAUUUCACAUACCUCCAGCUCUAGGUUUCAGGGUGUAUAUUUUUAACAGGUUUGCAUUUGACUCUGGGCUACUUUAGUCAGAGUACUUAUGAGGAAUAAUGGUUUGUCUGUUUCUGUCAAUUAAGUCAGUGAGAUUUUAAUUGAGUUUUGAAUUCUUUCUGUUUGAAAAUAUUCUCUAUUCAACUUUUAAAAAACUAAAAAUGUUAAACAUAAUAGCACAACAUGCCACACAGAAUAAAAUCACGUUUUCAAGGAAGAAAAAUAACUGUUCUGAUUUACCAUGAGGCUGUGUCAUAUACCAAAGAAAUCACUUUAAUAAGCCCUAAAUUCAACUGUUUUAUUGGUUUACAGUGUAAGCAGUAGAUGAAAUGUAAGCUAUUUAAGAACUAUAGUAGAAGAUUAAGAAUUAAUUUACUAGAAUUUAAAAGACAUAGUUUUAUAUUAAUUUUAUUGUUGCACAAGCAAUUAUUGAAGGCAGGAAAAAAGAAAAUAUAUGAGAAGCAUUAUAUGGAAAUUAAAGGAAGAAGGAGCUUGGUAAUUUGUGAAAGUUUUGGAAAUCGAGAGUUUGAACAUAGGUAUCUUUCAGUUUAUAUUAUAAAAAUGCAAAGCGUGUGAGAUGUAUGGUGAGCACAAAACCACAGAAAACAAAAAAAAUGUCACACUGGUGAAGUCUGGGAUUGUAUCUGUAUCUUUUCAAAAUAACCAGUGAGUUUAGGGAGCCCAUUCUACUGUUGAAAUUUGGAAGUCAAUUAAGCAGGUAGUUUGGAUAACCUGAUCAUUUGUGUUUAUUACAUGAGGCAAAUGUCUGUAUUUUCUCAACUUAGUAAGUGAUGUAGGGAGAACUAGUCAGAAGGGCUUAGCAACUUCCCAAAGAAGAACUCUGGUACAUGUAGGUCAGACCAGACCAUACAGAGUAAAGAGAUUGAUUUUCAUGAACCUUUCAAGGCUUAGAGCCUUGAAAUUUGUUAGCAAGGAUGGAUUUUCCUUUCAUUUGAAACAAUAAAAGUAUUCAAAUUUAUAAUGUAAUAAAUAGCUAAAUUCUGCGAUUCUGGAGAUGGGAAUAUGGUUUAGGUUUACUGGGUUCCUCAACUGACUUUGGCGCUGGCUCAGUGCGUCCUUACUACGAGCUAGAUGUUUUGGUGCCUUGGUUUCCCUGAUUAGAAAUGGCACACAAUAUUAUCAAUUAUAAGUACUUGUUAAUUUUUCUUUUACAAAAGGAACUAGCUAAGUGUGAAUCAUACUUAAAGUUACUACUUCUUUCCCACUGUUGUUUUAGAUGUGUAGAAAAGCUUCCCAGACUUUAUCCCAUCACAUGAAAAUUAAAAGCCCAAAUUAAUAUCCCUUUCUGUUCAUUUUUAAAAUGAGUGAAGUUACAUUAGUACUAUCAGCACCAGAGAAGGUUAUGGGUAUGUUCAUCUGUGUACUACAGGUUCAUAUUAUUCAUUUUAGUAUAGGCUAAAAACUCACUUCUAAAAUCUUCAGAAAUUUAGAGUAACUUAAUUUUUUUACACUCACCCCAGACAACAAUUUUAUAAAUAUAUAAAUAUAUAUAUAUAUAUAUAUUUUUUUUAGCUAAGACUUUCACAUCUUUUCUUAGAUUAACUCCCCAAAGAGGAAAAUGUCUCUUUAAAUCAGCGUUUUUAAAAACGGAAUACCGGACUCCCUUAGCUUGUUUUACUCUGUGACGUCACUUACUUUCUAUACUAAGUGAAUUCUAAAUGGUUUCCUUGCUGUUUGAUCUGAAGCAUGCAUCACUAUCUACCUUCUUUGGCCAUGGAAUGGUACAAUGCAAAGUACCUUCAAAACUUCCUGUAAAGAAACUAAGCUAGAGAUUGUCUUAAUUAUUACCAUAAUGGAAAUCUAAGUACAAUUAAGGCGGAAAAAUUCGAACAACCUAGUUAAAAUUAUUAAAUAUAGAUAAGGGUAAAUGAAUAUUGACUUUAUUUUUCCCUGACAUUUGAAUUCAGUCACUGUCUGAUCCUUGACUUAAAGAUUUCCUUGCUAAAUCUGGUAUUUAUUUACGACAUUGGAGCUCCUGCUACAUCCCCCUCCCCUAAAAAUGCUGGAAUUUUAAGAGGGUGUAAGCUGCAUGACAUAAGGGAAGAGACUGAUUCAGAGCUCAUUUGCAUAUAUUUUGAUCUGUCUUAAUGGCACAACUUAGUUUUCAUAAUAACAGAUCUCUAAAUGAUGAUUCCAGAAUGAUUUGGUACAGUGAUGGGAAAAAAUUAUUUUUCUGGAAAUUUGCUUCCUGCAAUGACCUGAUAUACAGUUGACCUUAGUAUAAUUAAAAUUAAUUAUCAUUUUAAUUAGACCCUACCCUGUUUACAGAUUUCCAUUUUGCAGCAAUUUUUAAAUAUACAUAAUGAUGAGCAUGAAAGAAUUGCAAACUUGAGCAGUUCUUUUGUUUCCUUGCCUCCUUUUACUUGAAAAGCUUUCAGAAAGCUUUUGAGAGAUGACACAGUUCUCAUAGCAACAUUAUGUGAUUAUGUUUUUCUGCCAAGACACUCAUAAGCUAAAAUAUGGAACAAAACACAGGCUUAACUUAAUCUUGCUUUGGAAUUGUAUAAGCCAAAGUCUUUUCUAUAUCAAAGUGUUUUUUUAGUAUUUAUACAGUUGCAUAUUUUAUUUUUUGUCCAUCUCAAAAAUUGAAUUGACAUUUUAUGUUGUAUUUCUAAUUAGUUGCAGUAAAGCAAAGCGCUAAUGUCUUGGUUCAGACUUUUAUCAGUACAAACCUUUACCAUUUUUCUCUCCUAUGCUUUAAAUUUUCUUUUAAUUUAUUUACUUUAUUUAUUUUUGGCUGCAUUGAGUCUUCUUUGCUGUGCGCGGGUUUUCUCUAGUUGUGGUGAGCAGGGGCUACUCUUCGUUGCGGUGCACGGGCCUCUCAUUGCGGUGGCUUCUCUUGUUGUGGGGCAUGGACUCUAGGCGUGCGGGCUUCAGUAGUUGCAGCAUGCAGGCUCAGUAGUUGCGGCACACGGGCCCUAGAGCACAGGCUCAGUAGUCGUGGCGCACGGGCUUAGUUGCUCCACCGCAUGUGGGAUCUUUCGGGACCAGGGCUCGAACCCAUGUCCCCUGCAUUGGCAGGCGGAUUCUUAACCAUUGCACCACCAGGGAAGCCCCUCUCCUAUGCUUUUGCCAAAGUUUUUCAGCGACCAGUUUUCCUACCUUCAUUCUCCCCUGCCUCUAGUCCAUCUUCCACAUGGUUGACAGAUUGGUCUUUUUAAAACACAGAUUUGUUUUGUCAUGCCCCUGCUAAAAAUUCUUAACUAGACUCUCCCUCCUUUACAGCAUGGCAACCUAACUCCUUAGCGUGAUGGAUAAGGGUCUCCAUGACCUUGCCUCUUCCCACCAUUUUUAGCAUUGUCACCCACCAUUUCCUCUAGAGACCUUUUGUAACCCAGGAGUUUGGAACUUCUCACGGUUCAGUGCUUUGGCAUAAUCACAUGCUGUAGAUCAACUCAUUCAAGACUCAGUUCAAAUUUUACCUUCUAUGACACUCUACCUGACUUCCCAGGCAGGUUAAGUAUUUCAUCCAUGCUCCAUAGUCUCUUGAAACUUCUUCUAUUAAAAUAACAUCGCAUUUCAAUAAUUCAAUAUAUAUAUAUCACAUUUCAGUAAUUCAAUAUAUAUAUAUCUGCUUGCCCACAACUGGAUUUCUCCUUGUAGUCUCAGUGUCUAGCUAGCACGUAAUAGGACUUUAAUAAAUGUUGAGUGAAUGAAGGUAAUAUAGCGCCCAAACUUCUUUGUGUUUUUAUACUUUCACAAAUGAACGCUUAGACUUCCCUGAGAGUCCACAUGAGGGGGAUGUGUAUUCAGAAGCCCGCAUGGACUCUGGGAGAAGCAACAGAAGAGAAACAGCAGGGAAGAGCAGUUGCUUUGUGAAGGAUAAUCAUUUGUUAGCUAUUCAUGAGAAAUAUUUACCAAAUCUGAAUUCUCGUUUCUAAAAUUGAAGCUUAGUAAAUUUUCACAUAACUGCCAACUACUUCUUAUUCAUAAUCCAUAAAUAUGCCCUAAAGAUGAUCUCUCUCUUUGGCAGGUAUUCAGUGUAUACAAUCUACAUAAAUACAUACACUAAUUACCUACACAAAAUAAUGAGACUUGAGAAAGAAUUUUUAAAAAGGUAAUGAAAGUGUAAUUUUCUGAAAAAUAAUUUUCAACCAGAGAUAGAGACUGAAUUUGUGCAAUAUCAGGUCAUCUAUAGUUAAUGAUUAUUUCAUUUUUUAUUAUGCAAAUAUAAGAAGGCUUGUUUGCCACUGCUAUCACCCCAUAUAGAACAUAAAGACUAAAAACUAUUAUCUAAGGGUUUGUUUUCUCUUUUGUGAUUCUAUAAAGGCGUUAUUCCAUGUCUCCAAAUUAUGAUAAAGGUUAACAUAAAAAGCCCUAUAUCGGAAUUCCCUGGCAGUCUAGUGGUUAGGACUCUGCGCUUCCACUGCAGGGGGCAUGGGUUCGAUCCCUGGUCAGGGAACUAAGAUCCUGCAUGCCACCUGGCAUGGCCCCACCCUAAAAAAGAAACAGCCCUUUAAAGUCAAUAAUUUUAAAAAUUAAAUAAAUCCAAAAUUUGCAUGUAAUUAAAUGGCCUCUUAUUUCACUCACUUAAUAGAUAUUUUUCUACCUGCUCUACACUUGACAUUUGAUUAAUGCCGGGGAUACAAAGAAAAUAAGACAUAGCUCUUGUCUGAAAGAGUUCAAGUUCGUUUUCAUGAUGAUUCUUCUACAGUUUGUUUAAGAAAUUGGGAGGACAUGUUUUUAAAUCAAGUAGUAUUCAUCAGAUUUUUUCAGGGAAGUGGUCACCUUCCACCCAAAAAACUAAAUUCUGUGUCAUAAAUAAGUAAUCCCAUUCUUAUGUCCACAGUUUUUGUAUUUUCAGGUCAACCACAAAUAAUUUUUGACCAUCACUUGUCAAGUACAUCUUUCAUCAAUCCUAUAGAACCCCAUUUCCACAACCAUAGGUGCUAUGUGUGAUCCAAGUGACUAAUGAGUUUGUAGGACACAAGUUCAAUUUUAAGUCCAUUUUAGGAAGGCAUAUAUCCUCAUUAAUGACACACACACCAAAAUAUAUGAAGUAUACAUUGGGAACCCACAGUAGAGGGAAAAAGUAAAUAGUGCUUUCUGGUAUACUUCAAAGGCUCCACUUGGAAGUUAUAGGUUGAUGUUUCCACCUCAGUUAUUUUUAAUGGGGAGUAGGGAGUAAUACUACUUAACAGGUAGCAUACUUAUCUAAGCAUAUAGUAAAUCUACUACUGGUAUUUUUGUGCCACAAUGCACUGAUAUAUAGAUGAAACAAACAAAAAUAUGUGAGUUAUAAAAAAUUAACUUCUCUGAAUAUUUAUUGAUGGUUAGGCAAUUGGGUUCCUUUAUGAGAAGGAAAAAACUAUUGUCGAUAAGUAUGGAAAAAACCUUACUUGUAUGUAUAUUUACAUUUUGAUAGGCAUAUUUGGAAGUCACCGUUUUCCAUCAGUAUAAAGUAUCAACCAUUUCUAUGUUCUCUAGCAAAAGGAAAUUCUUAGUUUGAUAGAGCUUUACUCUUCGUUCGAUGUUGUAAAAGGACCACAAAAGAAAGAGGCUCAGAAGGCUGGACACUUGACCGUCAUAUUCAGCACAUUCAUUCUACCUUUCAAUAAUCAGUCAUGGGACUUCCCUGGUGGCACAGUGGUUAAGACUCUGAGCUCCCAAUGCAAGGGGCCCAGGUUCCAUCCCUGGUCAGAGAACUAGAUCCCACACGCAUGCUGCAACUAAGAGUUCACAUGCCACAACUAAGGAGCCCACGUGCUGCAACUAACACCCGUCGCAACCACAUAAAUAUUUUUUAAAAAGAUAAUCAGUCGUGAUUUACCUCCUAUUUAUCAUCAUGUUGAAAACCUAACAAUAUUGUUCCUUUUGUCCCUUGCAUUGCAGAAGAUAGUUGGGAUCUAGCCUUUGCCAUAUUAUUUAUAGAUAAGAAUUUACUACAUUUUGGUAGUCUGUUUUCAAACUUGUAUCUGAAAGAUGGAGAUCCUAUCUAUUUAUUACACAGUGGGCUCUGUUUGCUGCAGAAAAGAGUGAAACUUUAAACUGCUUAGUACACUUGCCAGUGAAAUAUACCUGACAGAGCAGAGGUUAUAACUUUAGCUCUAAUGACUUUUAAUAAUGGUAAGAAAACGUGAGUUUUGUUUGUUUACAUGCUGUUUACAAUGGCAUAAUUUUUAAAAUAUAUACAAUUGAGAUAUUUAUUGCAUACUAUUUUAAAGAUGUUUUAUGUGUUUUCACCUUUGGAAUAUAUUGUUACAGUUCCUUAUACUGAUAAUUUGGGUGGCUUUGUUAAUGUAGCUAGUAAUUUUUAUGACUACUAAGUGACCAGGUUUCUGUGCCUUUUAUUGUGGGAUGCAUGAUUAUGUAUUUAUUGUAUGAAAGUCACUGAUGCGUGUAUUUUUGUACUUUGCCGAGAGUAAUGGUUGAUCUCGAUGUACAUGAUGAUGAGAGAUGCCUUUUCCAAAGGGCACUGCCUUGAGAUCGUCCUUCUCAAAUAAAAAGAAUGCAUUUGGACAAUG